ACCUGGCCUGGGCCAGGCACCACUUGGCUUCUGCUUCUCCUUGAUCUCCUCCUGGAGCAAGGGCAGCACCUGCUCCAUCGUGGUGGGUUCCUGUACUGCACAACCUGCUGGAUCAGAUCAUCCAGGAUGGAGCAGAUCAGCUUAUUCAGCCCUUUCUUACAAGAGGCAUCAAAGGAGCACUCAGGAGGGCAGAGAAGGGGGCUACCCCUGCUUGCAGCACCCUCUGCCAGAUCCAUAGCUGUGCUCCAUAGCUGAGCCAGCUCUCAUUGACCUUUUCAGCUUGGGUGUGGCAGGAGGGUGGGGGUGCCAGGGCUCCUGGGCACCAGAGCACAUGGAAUCCUGAGAAGUAUGGCUGCCUGCCAUGAGGGUCCUGGGUAGCAGAGCUGUCUCUGCACCUCCACAACCCCGUGGCGCUCGUUAAAGGGGCUGUGGCUGGGGGAGAAGUGCGGACAGGUGGGAGGAGAGGUGGUGUUCUGCUCCAUUCCCGAUCCCUCAUGGCUUGGGCUUAGUGCAUGGCCAGCAUCCAUGUUACCAAAGUAUCCUACCAGGGAUCAGGGCAUGCUCCCGGGGCACUGGCAAUCUUGUCACGUGUGAUUUGGGCUGGACUUUGCCUGAUGGGGCACUGCCCAGGAUCCACUACUGGCACAGGAUCCACUACUGCCCCAGGCACAGUCCUGGCACAGGUGCCAGCCAGUUCGGAGGUUGUGGAGGCUGCCGGCAGGGAAGACAGCCAGUGCUGUGUGGACCCACUGUCAGCCAUGGAGCAGGAAGAUGAAAUCAUGCAGGACCUGGGAAGCCUCCAUGGCAUCCCCCUCUACAAGAGCUUCAUCGAGGGCUGGCCACGGGUGAAGGCUUUCCAAGCCCGUCCAGACGACCUGCUCAUCUCCACCUACCCCAAAUCGGGCACAACAUGGCUGAGCGAGAUCAUGGACAUGAUCUACCAUGAUGGCGAUGUGGAGAAGUGCCGGCGGGAUGCCAUCUACAACCGCGUGCCCUUCCUGGAGUUGAAGGCCCCCAUGGAAGCAAGUGGUGUUGACCAGCUGGAGAACACCCCAUCACCACGGCUGGUAAAGACCCAUCUACCUGUCCAGCUCCUCCCGACCUCCUUCUGGGAGAAGGACUGCAAGAUUAUUUACAUGGCCCGCAACCCCAAGGAUGUUGCCAUCUCCUACUACUACUUCCACCAGAUGGCCAAGAUACACCAUGACCCUGGCACGAAGGCCGAGUUCUUGGAGAACUUCAUGGCUGGCAAAGUGCCCUAUGGAUCCUGGUACGACCACGUGCGCGGAUGGUGGGAGAAGAAGCAGGAGAAGAAGAUACUCUACCUCUUCUAUGAGGACAUGAAGAAGGACCCACGGCGGGAGGUGCAGAAGAUCUUGCAAUUCCUUGGCAAGGAGUUGGCAGAGGAAACAGUGGAUAGGAUCCUGCACCACACCUCCUUCCAGGAGAUGAAGAAGAACCCUGCUGCCAACUAUGAGACCGUGGUCCCCACCCUGAUGGAUCACAGCAUCUCCCCCUUCCUCCGGAAAGGGAUCUGUGGAGACUGGAAGAACCAUUUCACUGUGGUCCAGAACGAGCGCUUCGACCAGCACUACCAGGAGCUCAUGGCAGGCUCUGACCUCCACUUCCAGAUGGAAGUGUGAGGGGCUCAUCUCCCUUCCCAGGAGGACUGUGCUUCCUUCCCCUUGCUCUCCCAGUGGGAAGGAUGGAUCCAGAUGGAGAUUCUUGCACUAAUUCACUUUUCCCCCUGCAAUAAAUUGUAAUAAAUGGUG